AUGCCUAUAUCCAGGAGCACCGUUACCUCCCCCACGGCUCUCCACCCAGCCCUGAGUAACCCGCCAACUCUCCCAAAACCGGAAGGAUAUAUUAGCAGCAUUUCGGAUCGCCCAAAAACCUCCAGCGCCCGCCUUGGUGCCCCUCCAACUACCUUCUUCCCUUCCCUCCAUGCUGAAGUCCUGACCCGUCAUGCCAAUGCUGAAUCGCCACGACCUACUGUUCCCUCUGGUACAUCUUCUCUGAGCGGCCUUCCCGAGCCCUCUGAAGGCGUCACCGUCGCUGACAACCGUCCCCAAGGUCAUCGGAGAAACAAUCCGUCGCACGAGAUUCCCCGCCAAACCAUCAUCAAGGCCCUAGCUUCAGUUGCCAGGAAUAAUAAGCCUGAGGCUCUAAGCUUGCCAGGGAUGCUCUCCGCUCAUAGUAUGGUCGAUAACCGACCUGGCACCUCCUCGUCGCAACAACUCGCCGAUGCCCUGAGCGGCCUUGCCGCGAGCCAGAAUCUCACACCAACCCUCUCCACCGCCCUACCCGCCAGCCUUCAAUCACCAUGCUUCUAUCACCAGCGCUUCGAUGACGCCGUCGACAUCGACAGGGUCCUCGAAGAGAUCAAGAAUGAUCAGUACAUGUCACACUCCCGCCUCGUCCAGACCGCCACAGGCGUGCGGGAGGUUGCCAAGCAACUGCAGCGACGUCCCAUCAAGCGCGCUGUACGUAACGUUAUGAUUGUUACCAAGGCCCGGGACAACCAGCUCGUCUACAUGACGAAAGAGCUCGCCCUUUUUCUCCUCCGGACCCCCCGGUACGGAUCCGACGUUGGUGUCAAUGUUUACGUCGACGCCAAAUUGCGCAACGGAAAGCGCUUCGAUGCCGCGGGUAUUCUGGCCGAAGAUCCCCGCUUUGAGCACAUGCUCAAGUAUUGGACUCCAGAUCUCUGCUGGGCCCGGCCUGAAAUGUUCGACCUCGUCCUUACUCUUGGCGGAGACGGCACCGUCCUCUUCACUUCGUGGCUCUUCCAGCGCAUCGUUCCGCCAGUGUUGUCCUUCAGUCUCGGAAGCCUCGGAUUCCUAACGCCCUUUGAAUUCGAACGAUACAAGAACCACCUAGACCGUAUCAUGGGCUCCGAAGGCAUGAAAGUCAACUUGCGAAUGCGAUUCACCUGCACAGUGUACAGGGAUGGCAUCAACCACCAGACCGAGGAGGCUGAGCAGUUUGAGGUGCUCAAUGAGCUCGUCAUUGACCGCGGUCCAAGCCCCUACGUGUCGAACCUCGAACUAUACGGCGAUGACGAGUUGCUCACCGUUGUCCAGGCGGACGGGUGCAUUUUCUCUACUCCGACUGGAUCAACGGCGUACUCGCUUUCUGCUGGCGGUUCUCUUGUCCACCCUGACAUCCCCGCCAUUCUUCUCACUCCUAUCUGCCCCCACACCCUCUCCUUCCGCCCCAUGGUUCUCAGCGACACAAUGGCUCUAAAGGUGUCAGUUCCACGAAAUUCGCGUGCCACCGCUUACUGCGCCUUUGAUGGCAAGGGCCGUUUGGAGCUCCGGCAAGGCGACUACGUCACCAUCACGGCUAGUCAGUACCCGUUUCCCACUGUUGCCCGGACGGACACGGAAUGGUUCGACAGUGUGUCCCGCACGCUGAGGUGGAACGUCCGUGCUGCCACGCAGAAGGCGUUCGACCCUUCGGCUGGUGACAAGGAGGACCUAGAUAACGACUGUGCCGAGUGGGACAUCGACACAGACUCAGCUUGCUACGCAAGCGAGGAGGGUAGCGUUAGCGCCAGCCCUCUAAGGAGGCAGAUGAGUCUGCUGGGAAUGUGA